AUGGCGGCCGAAUGGAGAAACUUCGACAAAUGGAAAGAUUUCCGUGAGAAACAGAAGAAAACGUCAAUUGGUACUCAAGAGGAAGAGGAGGGUCGAAAGACGCCGACAAAUAUCGAGCACCACGCAUUGCCACGUGUCAUCGAUUUACCGCCAGAAGACAUUCAAAAAGAGAAAAAAGUGUACAAUGAGACGUAUCGACAGGCGGAGAAGUCGAUGGACACCACACUCGAUUCGAGCUCUCACAUCUCACCGUUGGAGGCGAAACUCAACGAAGUGCUCUCCCCACUGGUUCUCCUCGGAAACAAAUCCGAGUUAGAGACGAAAGAGACGCAGAGAAUUCAGGCGAUUCGAGAGAGUUGGAAGACGAAAGGAAUGACGGAUCCAUCAGAGUUUCCGAGACUUCGAGUCCCCGAGAAUUAUGAUGAGGAUCCGAGAAUUCAGAAGGCAGCGAAACUUGUCGAAAAGGAGAUUAAAGAAUUCAAGGAUUCAAAACUGAAAGAUAUGGGCGGAGAGUUCGGUACGGUAGUCGAUGAGCAAGAGGAGUUAGAGAUGAGAGACGCAGAGGAGAUCAUACAGGAGUACGGUAGUGAGGAUAACAGAUUCGAGGCAUCGGAACUCAUCGAAUACAAGGAUUACGAUUGGUGUAUUUCGUUGAGAAUCGAUAGGGAGAAGACGGGCGAUCCGGCGAUUUUCAAUCUGCUGAUCUACAGCUACAAAUGCGGCAUCCAACGUCUUCCCCUCUCCCAACAACAAAUCGACUCAUUAGGCACCUCACUUCUCAUGAAAUACAAACGGAAUCCGGAUGAUUCGAUAGAAGUCCUUCCGAUCUACUCGGCACUCCCAUCGACUGGAUUACUCAGUCUGAAAUAUCGAACGAAUAAGGGAAUCGAGUUGAGAACCUACGGAAUUGUGAAUUUCAUCGAUUUUCUGAAGGAUCCGGAUCAUUCAUCGCAUCGGACGAUGAUUUGGACGGAUGCACUCGGACCGAUCUAUUUGACGUCGGCGGAUCGAUCGAAUAUCCGACGGAAACUUCAGAUGACCGAAUCGAAGAUAUUCGCACCGCUGAGAAUGAUUCAGAUGACUGUCAAAGGGGAUUUCAAUUCGGCAAUAAUCGCAUCAGGAACAAUGGUGAAAUGGUCGAUAGCAUCGUUUACGCCGCUCGUCGAGGAAUCUCAAAAAGAUCCGAAUAUCGGAAGGAAUUUGUGGCCGGCACGCAUUAUUCGAUUCGAUGAUUUGUUGUUUGACAGAGAGAUUCUCCCACGCGAACGUCACCACCGUGAGAAUUCCGACUUCUUCGUGAACAAUCCGAACGGCGGAACCCUUCUCCGCUCCCACUCCGAACCCGACAUCCAAGUAUUUUGUGGUCCAAAUCUCACAGGAAUUCUGAAUUCCGCCGGUCCGACGUACGCGACGAAAGGCAUCCAUUCGGCGUUCGUCGUCCCAUUCUUCAUCGACGGAAAAUUCGUUUUCUAUGAGGCGCUGAUCGCCGGACCGCCCCGAGUCGUCAUGCUUAUCACCGAGGGACGAUACCUGAAUUACUGUCCGAAGACGUGGCCGCCGACGAUUCAAGCGCAACAGAAUGCGUAUCGAAAAACGACGGUGGAGAAGCCGUGGGUACGGGCGGUGCCACGUGAAAUGUCUUUCCCGGAGGAUCGACAGAAAUCGAUGAAGGGAUUCGAGGAAUUUCAUUUUGAUUUCAAAAUUUAA